AAUCUCAAUUGAAAAUGACUCAAACGUUACAUGAAACUGUGUAAUCAAAUCUGUUCACUAAAUUAGUUUGUCAAGGACCUCUUGGCAUGGAAAGCGGAAAAAUCAGUGACGGACAGACAAGUGCUUCUUCACAGUUUCUCGCCAACCGCGCCGCUAAUCGGGGCAGACUACACUUCCAAGCCACUGGAACACUACACGGAGCUUGGUCAGCUGACGGAAAUGAUGCUCAUCUAUGGCUUCAGGUUUAUCUGGGCUGCGAGGCCCUUAUAAUAACUGGAGUAGCAACGCAAGGGAGAAAUGGUUGUUGCCCACAAGGGGUUACCAAGUACAAUCUACUGUAUGGUGACGAUAAGAAAAACUUUCAGUACUACCGUGAACAAGGGGAGGGUAUAAAGAGUUUUGAUGGAAACAUUGACCAAGACACUGCUGUUUAUCAUGAACUAUAUCCACCAAUCAAGGCAAGAUACAUCCGUUUUUGUCCAGUGGCUUGGAAAAAUCACGUAUCGAUGAGAGUGGAAGUCUACGGUUGCUCUAAAGGAUGCCCUGCUUACUGGAAGCAAUUUGAAACCUCGCUGUAUGCUGUAUUCUCAGCAGUCAAGUCUUGGAAACAUGCAGAAGGAUUUUGUAGGUCAAUGGAUGCUCAUCUGGCGAAGAUUGAAUCCAAAGGUGAAAGCCUUUUCAUUAAAUCCCUACUUGAAGACUUGGCCGCGAACUCAAGCCUUCGAUUCCACUGGAUCGGCCUGACCGAUAUUGAAGUCGAAAGCCACUGGAAAUGGUCUGACGGAAGCUCAUUGGGUCCGUAUGAAAUCUGGGCACCCCAGCAGCCAGAUAAUUCUUCUCUUAACCAAGAUUGUGUUGGCUUAUAUUCUGUUUGGUGGCACGAUGGGCCGUGUCUGUCUAAACGUAGGUUUAUAUGUGAGAAAAACACUGAAGUAGCCUGAAAAAUAUAUCCAAUCCUUCCGUAGAUACUAGUGACGUUUAGCACUACGGUUUCCGGCAGCGAAAACGUGAACGGCAAACCACUAGAAGUCGGGUGAUCAAGCUCUGCGGUGACGUUCGGCGUUUUCAACGCGGGUUUUUACGCCGAUAAGUUUACGUCAAUGAUUACCUGUACGUUUUUUUUUUCUUUUUCGUACAUUUUUAGAUGUAAACUUUAGGGAAUGAGUGAAAACAGAUCUUUUAGUUGCCAUUUGAAAAUCAAACCGAAUGCUGAUCUCCGAAAAUUCAAUAUGGCCGCCUCGUCAAGCGAAAUAGUUUUUUCAUGGUUUUAUAGCUAAACCGGUAAAGGCCAUAUCGUCAACUCUCAAACGCCUAACCUGAAACUGCCGUUUGCGGUUUGCCGAUAACGCGAAAACCCUGGUGCUAAAUGAUUCUAAUGGUGCGUUCCAUAGAUUUAUUCAAGCCACAACCGGUUUUGGUCCACAUCUCGUUGGUUGAGAGAGUAGAGGUAGUUAUGCAAAACCAAAGAAAGCGCGUGUUACUUUCGACACUCAGCCUAGUGUAAAUUUCACGAACCACAGUAGAUGAAGUUUAGGUUCUCACUGAGGCCAUAUAAUACAAUUUUAAGCAUAACUUCUCGAAAAGCAGAAUAGCCAAGGCUUUGCAAUAAAUAAAUAUUACAGUCAGUACAUAUCAACAAACCAAGUAAAUUAUUCAAAAUCGCAACAUCACACACAGAUUUUUUUUUCUAGUCAUAUGCUUUAUAGAGACACUACUAUGACCAUCAGCUCGAAAAGUUGAAAUCCUAAUGACAUAUUUGCAUCUAUUGCUGGAAAUUGAAAAAAAUUAAAUUGGAAUUCCAAUAUUUCAAAGCAUAUAAGGGGCCGAAAUUGUUUCGAGAAAUCGAGAGUUCCGCAAAACCGAAUGCAAAAUAUCGAUCGGAGGUUCGAAAAAUCUGGAUUCCUCUGCAUUAGGCAAGGACACUAAAGCUUCAAAAAAGUGUAUGAGUAAUGGGUUAUGCAUGCGCAAGGUUGGAAUGUCCAAAUUGAAAAAGUCCUCAACACUAUUCCCAUUUCUAUAAUUAUGUCUAGGAAAAAUCGCUAAAAACUAAUAACAGUUUACUCUCCCUUUAAAGUUCAUUUAAUAUCUUCAUCUUGAAUUGGAGUUCUUGGGGCAUUUCGAGAACGACUGAAGACCAUAAUUUUAGCAUAGUUUUGACCAGAAACGGAACAAAUUCACCAUGAAUUGAUGCCUUUUUGAAACUGAAUGGCAGCCGUGAUGUUUGUGCUAGAGAAUGUUGGAAAUGAUUGACGUGUAAUAUAUGUGUUUGAGAAGACAAGACUGACAUGAGUAAUCUUUGUUAGAUAUUAAUGUUAACAAUGGCUUAUUAUUGUAAUCUAAGCAGUUAAGAGAACAGAGCUAGAAUCGAGUGAAUGUAAACAUUGAAUGGAGUUGAAACCGAAAUAAAGAUAGAUACAGUCCUUAAUGAAACCAGUGCCGAAAUCUAUUUCUCGUAAACGUAAAUUACACUUUUAUCAUUUCGAGCAAUCUCCGACAAAUAGCUGACAAUUAUUGAUCAAUUCCACCGCUGACCGCACAAGAAGUACAUGUAAUCAAACAAUUCAGGUCUUAAUCCCACAGACUAAGAUGGACGUUUUUAGGUACUCGUAUUUUCCAAGAACUUUCGUCGACCGGUACGUCCUCCCCGAGGAGAGGGUUGCCUCUUUUUCCCUAUAGGACACGAGGGUGCCGGUGGUUUAAGAAAAUUUCGCGCAAUCAGGGCUUAGGGGUUCAAUUUCAGCAUGCGUAAUAAUUUUUUUUUUUUUUUAAAGGCAUAGAAGUAGAACGUAAAAUAAGUAAGACUUCAUUAAAGUCACGGACUCUUAGCUACAUAAAAAGCCACUUUACAGGUCUAGUCACAACAUAAAUAAAAAAUGAAAUAAAUUAAACUGAAUAAUAUUAAAAAUGCAUAUGCACGGUUACUAUAAAAAUCGAUAGAAUAUACAAAUAAUUUAACAAAGAGAAGUUUUAAAACAUAUUAAUGUGGAUCAAACAUCUAGGUGCAACAGCUGGCCAGCUCCACGUUAAGUUAUACUUUCUUGAUGAACAGUUUAUAGUUACUUAUUUGCCUGUAUCAGCUUGGUAGUGCGUUCCAUGGCCUGGCCCUUGACAUCUUAUCGAUUUUAAUCCAUACUUAGUUGUAUUUACUUUCGGCGAUGCCAGAAUUGCAUCUAGUUGGCAUUCUCGUAGAUUAUAAUGACUUUCUCUUCGUUUUAAUAAAUGGCAGUUGAAUGUCGACGCCCUCUGAUUAUUAACUACUUUAUAAACUGCAGUCAGUAUCGUAGCGAGUCUCUCUGAUUUGACAGUGUUUGCUGUCCACACCGUUUUAACAACAUUUCGUAUGAGGAGCUAUUGUCUCGGUAAACGAAGCGCAGUGUUUUGUCGUUGAUUUUCUCUAAUUUAUCGGACACGCGCUUCUUGCCAACAUGCCAAUUAAGUCUCAGCAUAAUAAUUGAAAUGAAUGCUGGAAUUGAAGUGCUGGAAACUGUUUUGAGCCACCUUAAUUGUGAUAUUUUAAAAAAGGUUUCCUCGGGUGAAGUAUUCCACAAUUUUUAGUUUCUUGGUUUUUACAAAAAUCAAUACCUUUAACCUAUG